GCACUAUGUUGCUUGUGGAGCGGGUCCGUGCUCAGGCUGGGCUCUUCUGGAUGACCCACCUCAGCUCAGACAGAGAGGAGAACCUGAGCUUAGUCCAGAGAGAUGACCUGAACCGGACCUACAGGGAAAACACCUCACCAUCCAGCUCUCAGAGUGAACACAGUGACGACCACGAGGGAGAAACUCAACACACACAGCCCAAAAUCACCACCUGGGAGGCAGGCUGGAACAUCACCAACGCUAUACAGGGAAUCUUUGUACUGGGUCUUCCCUAUGCUGUGCUGCAGAGUGGUUAUACUGGGCUGCUGCUGCUGGUUCUCUCAGCGCUGCUCUGUUGCUACACUGGUAAAAUCCUCAUUUCCUGCCUGUAUGAAGAAGAUGAAGUGGGCCAGCUGCACCGCAUUCGCCACACUUAUGCUGACAUCGCUGACGCCUGCUGGAGCCGGCUGUGCCCGCGGCUAGGCGGCAAACUGGUCAACGUCACCCAGGUGGUGGAGCUGAUGAUGACCUGCAUCCUCUACCUGGUCGUCAGUAGCAACCUGAUGUCCAACAGCUUCCCCUUCUUACCCUUGAGUCCAGUGACCUGCUCCACUUUGACCUUUUUGACCCUGAUGCCCUGCAUGCUCAUCCGGGACCUGAAGGUGGUCUCGCGGCUCAGCUUCCUGUGCUCCCUGGUGCACUUCCUCAUCACCUUCGUCGUGAUUGGCUACUGUCUGCGGCAGGCCCCGCGGUGGGUGUACGGUGGGCUGCGGCUGGCGGUGGAUUUCGACGGUUUCCUGGUGGCGACAGGCGUUAUUAUCUUUAGCUACACGUCACAAAUAUUCCUGCCCACACUGGAGGGGUGCAUGGAGGAGCGAGGGCAGUUUGGGGGAAUGAUGGACUGGACGCAUGUGCUGGCCUGCGUUCUGAAGACCGUGUUCUCCAUGCUGGCACUACUGACCUGGGGGGAGGACACCAAGGAGGUGGUCAGUGAUAAUCUGCCCCCUGCUCUGAGGAUGAUGGUGAAUCUGUGUCUUCUGGCGAAGGCUCUGCUCUCAUACCCCCUGCCCUUCUUCUCCGCUGCGCAGCUGCUGCAGACGGGCGUUCUGCAGCCGGACGCUGCUCAGUGCGAGAGAUCAGAAGCACCGGAGUGGAACACGCUCGUCCUCCGCGCCUCCCUCCUCCUCCUCUCCUUCAUCAUGGCUCUGUGUGUCCCUCGCUUUUCUCUGCUGAUGGGUCUGACGGGCAGCGUGACGGGAGCGGUGAUGACCCUACUGCUGCCCGCUCUGUUCCACCUGCAACUGAAGUGGAGGCAGAUGAGUGCAGGGGGCAAACUGCUGGACGUGGUCAUCCUAGGCCUGGGCUGUGUUUGCAGCCUGGCAGGGGUCAUCCGCUGCAUCAGGGCCAUGAUCCACGCCUUCACCAACACAUAG